AAAGAGUGGCCGAGUCUCCGCCCAGCCACUUCCGGUCCCGCCGCCCGGAGCCGGUGCGGCUGUGAGGGGCCGCGCCUCGCUGUCGCCGGCCGGCGGGUCAUGGUGUUGGGCGCCGGGCCCGCCUCGCCUGUCUCGGGGUGUCCAGGGAGAAGGCGGCCGCGAUGCUGACGCUGGCGAGCAAGCUGAAGCGGGACGACGGUCUCAAGGGGUCCCGGGCGUCGGCCACCGCCUCCGACCCCACUCGGAGGGUGUCUGUGAGGGACAGGCUGCUCGUCAAAGAGGUCGCGGAGCUCGAAGCUAACUUGCCCUGUACGUGCCAAGUGCACUUCCCCGACCCGAACCAGCUGCACUGCUUCCAGCUGACCGUGACCCCAGAUGAGGGUUACUACCAGGGUGGAAAAUUUCAGUUUGAGACGGAAGUCCCCGAUGCGUACAACAUGGUGCCUCCCAAAGUGAAGUGCUUGACCCGGAUCUGGCACCCCAACAUCACCGAGACGGGGGAGAUAUGUCUGAGUUUACUGCGGGAACACUCGAUCGACGGCACUGGCUGGGCCCCCACGAGGACGUUGAAGGACGUCGUGUGGGGACUGAACUCCCUGUUCACGGACCUCCUGAACUUCGACGACCCCCUGAACAUCGAGGCUGCGGAGCACCACCUGAGGGACAGGGAGGACUUCCGGAAUAAAGUGGAAGACUACAUCAAGCGGUACGCCAGAUGACGGGGGCGGCCUGCGGCACGGACUGUGCGAGAGGGUCCCCCCGGCUCCCGGGCCCCCCGGACCCCCCAUCCCCGCACUCCCUCGGCCCUGCCGGCUCUGCGGGUCCUGCGCUGUGCCCUGCCCCCGGAGGAGCCUCCUCACGACUGCCCCCGGUAGACGGAGAGCUCCGCCCGCAUACAGCAAGGAAAUGCAUCUGCUCCCCUCCGCCCGUCCACCUCUGCGAGCCCGCGCCGCACCGGCCGAGGCGGGGCUCGGGCUGUUCCGGUGACUCAGAACCCAAGGAGAGCUUGCUUCUGCCCUGUCCCCAGUCGCCUCCCUGCACAGCGACUAACCACGUGCCAGUGUAGUCGGCAGGUGGGCCGUCCGCCCGCGCAAACUGUGAUUGGUUGCACAGUCCCUCAGCCCCGCCCACGAGUGGGGGCCGGCCCGGAGUCCGGAGCGUCCCGGAAUGCAGUCCCUCACUGUAUGUAGAUCUCUUACUGAAACGCGUGCUUUAUUUAAUGUAAGUAUAUUUUGGAACAGAUUUGUAAUUUGUACAAUUUAAUGCUUUAAUUAUUUUUUUCUAUUCUUC